AUGGAGGACGCGGACUUGAAGGGUGAGGAAAUUUUUGAUCAAAUCGCAACCGCGUCAGAGAACGUAGGAUACUCUGUGAGGCGUCCGAAUGCGGACUCGAAUCUUGAAGAACAACUGCCGAGCGCACCGUCAGCGGUAGACGCAUCGGUGCAUUAUGAAAAUUCCAACGGCUUCGUGCCAAUGAUACCGUCUGCCUCGCCAUCGCACGACGAUCCCGAAUCGUCGCCGUUACAGAUCGACGAUCCCGAACAGCAGGAUUCGAACGAGUCCGAAGAGAGCGACGCGACGAUUGUUGUAAGUGCUCGAGGCAGCUCCGAAACGCAGGCGGAGAAAAAAUUCGAGGAAGACUUAGCGUACUCCUCGGAAGCGAGAAUUUUUCUCAAUGAUCCCGGCUCGUUGACGAAUCGCCGGUCUUUCGAUUUCCAGGAGGGCAAACUGAAUGAGUUUGAGCUGCUGAAGGUGAACAACGACACCCCGGCGGUGGCCAAUUACCAGCAGUUCUACGAAAAUGUGCGCAGCACGGUGAACACCAACGGCGGUGAUGCCAACGGCGAGCCCGUCGACGCGUCUUCGUCCGGGCGCACGAGCGACGGCAAGCGGACCGAGAGCUACGCUCACAAUUACGUCCGGCCGACAGUGCAGUCGCAGCAGGUUAACGAGGAGGAUCCCUAUGCGCAGUUCUAUUCAUACAACAACAUGCAGGAUAUGAAGAAGACUACUUAUGAGCAGGAGAAAGUCGCCGGCAAUUAUCAUCCGCAGGAUACCGUGAACCACAACGCCGGUCACGGGCAGAACGCAGCGCCGACACUGCCGUCCUCGUCAAGGACGAAUUACGAGGUCAACGAGCUCGCGAAUAGCGGAACUUACGAUAACAUUGCGGAACAAUCGAGGGCGCGCCACCGCUUCUCCAGGCCGGUCGUGGUCGCCGAGUCGACCGAUUUCAGCGAUCAGGCGCAGAGUGGCGUUUCGGACAACGAUCAGAGGACCUCGAGAAACCUAGAGUCUUCCAAUUCGGAGGAGAGCGGCGAAUACUCGUCCGAGUACAUCGAGCGGCCGAGAAUAAGAAUACAGAAAAGCCGAAGACGCCCAUAUCCUGACACGUCCAGAAAACUUCCGAAGGAGCAUCGAGGCACGACGCAAGGGAGCGCGGAGGAGGACAAGCAGAAGUACAAUCCGGCGAAGCUGAAAUCGCAGCGGUACAGAAUCAAGACAAAUCCGUGGGUCAACGAUCCUAGCGCGAAUCAAGACGAGAGCGUCGAGGACAUCAAACACACGGACAUAAAGAGCGCGAAAGCGCGCGGUUCCAAAUCGAAGCACAACGCGUGGAAUCAGAUCUCGCCGAAUCUCGAGAUCUCGCACUCGAACGGCAUCGAGCUGGAUCACACGGGCAAGCCGAAGUACGUCGUGAAUCUCGUGCCCGUGGCGAGCUUCGAUCACGCGACCGCAUUGGACAACAGCCAGGGCUUCGACAUGUCGAACGCGAUGCUGCAGAACAUCGUGACCGCCGCGCCAGUGCUGAGCACGCCGGUGCCGGACAUCAUCGUCGGUCAGAACAGCUUCCAAAGUCCCGUGCACACCGUUUUCGUGUCGCAGCCGGGACAGAACGGCAAGGACACCCUGCGAGCGACGUACUUGCCGAGCACGAUGACGCCGGUGUUCGCCGUCACGUCCAGCCUGAAUCCGACGUUGCACAACGUGCGGCUGCAGAACAACGUGACGCCGCGAACGGCCUUCACCGUGACGCCUGCUCCGACAUCUGUCGUCCAGCAGCUGUUAGUGCCGCAGCCGACCGUGCAAACUUACUCGAAUUUCCUGCAGACGCCGCUGCAGACGAACUCGGGGUACCAGAUCCAACUAAAUCCGCACGGGCUGCAGGGUCAGAGUCUGUUUGGUCACGGCAACUUGCAGGGUCUGUCGACAGAGCCGACCACGCUGCUGACCGGUUCGUCGAUGCCGGAGGGCCGGAACAACGUCGACUCGCAGAACAAGAAGAACGCGUACACCGUUUCCGGCGGGAAUAUUCUGACGACCGCGAGCAUGACCGUCGGCCAGAACGACCAGAAGACGAUCAACGGCAACUCGUACUACCUGCAGAAUCACAAUGCGCAGGUGAAAGACAUCGAGACUCCGAGAACGAAAACGUACGUUCAGGCGACCCAGAUGGUGCCAACGCUGCUGCAGAUCCCGACUCAGCAGGACGCGAAGCAGUACAUUAAGCUGCAAAGCGGCAGCAUGGAGGACGCUGUGCAACAAUUGCAGGCUCAGAUAAAUAAACAAUUGGUAAAGAACACUAAAUUAAUCGCUCUGCAGUCCGCUGACAACGCGGGCAGUCACUCGAACAACGUAGACGUGAAUGCGCUCACGGGAAACGCUCAUCUUCCAAACGUCGUCACGAAGAACGUGGAGAUAGUGAAUCCGAACAUCAAGCCGAGCCCGAUCGACACCACUAUGAACGCGUAUUAUCCGACUGCUGUGCUAACGACGCCUAUCCCGAUUUUCAGCACGAUAUCGCCCGUCACGCAGACCGUCGCUCUUCAGAAUUAUGUGAACUCUCUGACGGAAAGCGGCGCCAAGGCCAAGCAUUUGGGCGCGGAUCUGAAAACGGCGCAGAAUCAGGAACGGCCGAUGUUCAAUCCCAUCAAUUUCGUACCAAACAUCGACAUUCUUAAGAAUCAGAAUACGCUCAAUAACAAGCCGACCAACGAGCAUCUUCAGCAAGGUUUGAGCUUAGUACCAGUCAUGCCGGGCGGGAAUUUUUUCAGACCGUCGCUCGCGGCGCAAAGCGAGCUGGUCGCGAAGCCGAAGUUGACCUCGGAUCUGCAGAAGUACGCCGAGGAGAUGUUCAAGGAAUCCCUGAAGACGAUGUACAACUCGCAGAAGUGGAAUAACGAUCGAAGGCCGCAGCUGAACAAUCAGAACGGCUCGGAGAGCGAUAUAGCAAAGCUGCGACUCGAGCUGCAGAAACUGCGCGCCUCGUUGUCGGGAGACUCGCGAUUCCGAGAUAUUCUCGAAGCGCAUCAAAGUGAGAACAUUCAUUCCACCGACACGCCUAAAUCCUCCGACAAGAAGAAGCAGGACCCGCUGAUCGCGACCUUGGAACAGUUGCUGAAGACAAAGCCGCGAGGACCGAUACACAUCUUCCACGGCGUCAGCAGGCCAGGCCGCAAGCGUAAACCGGGAGAACCGAACUUCAGUCCCGAUUUUCAUGAUGAUUUCACCAGCAACACUCACACAAUGGAAUUUCUCACGCCGCCGAGAAAUCAUUUCCACUCGAAGGGCCCUUAUCACGAGAAACUGAAGAAACGACCGAUUCCAUCGAGAUAUAAGAACGGCCCGAGGAAACCAAUUAGACCGAGCAACUCGCCGCCCAGAAACCACGGCCUGUUGGACGCGUCCGCCAGCACCAUCAACAUCGUUUUGCCCGACGACGAUCCACCGUACAACAAAGCGCCGUUCGAACACGACAAUCUGGACUCGGACUCCCGACAUCAGCCGUCCUUCGACAGGUAUCCAACUUUCACCACAUCGUCGCCGGAGACCAUCGGCAGCUUCCUGCGGGAGCUCAAGACGUCGAAAAACAGAAUCAAGGACUACGACAUCAACCAUCCCAGGAUGCACAAUCUCCUCGGGCUGUUAAUGAAGAAUAAACAGUUGCCGACCAGGAGCGCGCAGAAUUACUUUCGCAACAAAGAUCAACUGCGGCAGUACUUCGAGAGCGAGAAGCACCGGUUGCAGCAGCAGUAUUACGAAGACAUGAGAGAUUAUUUGGAGAGGUCCGACAUGGCCGCGCGACCUGGUUCGCUGGUCAACAGGAAUAUCUACAUAAACGGCACCGCGUAA